AUGCAUCGUGAAAAGAGUGGUAAGCGCGGUGGCGAUGUACAACAUAACCAACAGACCCAGCAGACCCAACAGGACGAGCAGUCCCAGAAACCUGAGCAGAACCAGCAGAACCAGCAGAACCAGGAGAAAGUGGAAUUGAAAAAAGACUCGGGUUAUGAAUCGCAAUCACGCCACGAGACUUUGCUAGGUCUACCGGAAGCAAAUGUGAAAACUAUAGAAGGCGAACACGGCCUUGGCCCGAUGCCGUCUGAUAUUGCGGUCCCACUAGAACAGGACCUGGAAUCUCUUCAAUCAGAUGAAUUUGACAUUGGUUCACAGUCAUCAGUUGAAACAGCCAACGACGUCAUGAGCGCAAAAGCGCUUCUAGGCAUAGCGCUAAUUGAACACGCUCAGUUUCGAGAGAUCUCCCAGGAGCUCAUUAAUGAAAUCGGUAAACAACGCUUUUCGGAGAACCUUAGGCGAUCAUUGAAGCUGUUCUACCGAUGUCUACUUGAGGAGGCGAAGGAUGAGAGGGAAAAAGCCACUGCCAGAUUACUGAGGAGCAAACGGGGAAGGGCUCGAAUCAGUAACCAGAUUGCUGGUAAUCUCGGCGACAAGGAAGAGGAGGAAAUACCUCUUUUUGAGAUAUCGCGGGGAGGUAUGAAUAGGGUUGAGACGUGGCUCGCGACAGUGUCCAAAGGGCAACAUAGUCUGGAGAAAAAAGGGAUUUCUAGAAGUGACAGUGAUAUAUGGUCAAGUUCUGAUGACGACGAACCUCGAAAUUUGCGAGCAUUGAAAGAUAGCAUACUUGGGUCACAAUCACUCAAGCUACUUUUGAGGGACCUGCUCCUUCUAUACCUUCCGAUUGACUUAAGGGGCGUCUUCAAGUCGAUAUCUAGGAAGAAUUUACAGCUAUUAUACGUGCAGGAAAGCACGUUUUUGGAUAAGACGAAGCUCUGGGUGGAGCGUGCUACACAGGCUCGCUGGAAUUGGUGGCCUCUCGAACAGCCAAAACAAAGUCUCAGGCCCGGUGAGUCUCGAAUACUUUGGCAGUGUACAUGCGGUGCAAACCAGUGGCAAGAUAUAUCUGAUAAGCAAGGUGAGGUUACGAGGAAGAUAUUGGACCUUUCCCCAGACGUGCCAGUUUUUGCAACUUCCUGUGUCACCAAAAUCUCACGCCCUUCCUUAUCAACUACACCUGAAUCAAUACUCCAAGCUCCUACUUUGUCGCGGGCGGCCCAAAGAUAUACUCCCAGCUCUGCUCGUGCCCAAUCAAGCACAAACCCUUCUAGCGGACCCUCGAAUGCGAACUCUGCUGUUUCAGGGAAGAAGCAAACAUCGUCAAAAGGGAUCGCCCUCGAAAGCCAACAGAGCCAUGGGAGCAAGCGCGCGAGGGCACGGAGCCCAACGGCAACCCAUUACAUCCUUCUCGGUGCGCAAGGGCCAGCCCGAACUCUUACUCCUGCAGAAGCGCAUGUAAAUGAUCAGAGCACUGACUCGAGUGUAUUCUAUGACCUGAGAGAACGCUACGCAAUACGCCGAGGUUUCUGGAGAAUGUGGUUCUCUAUCUGGCGCUUGGAAUACUGCCAUGUCGCAAAGUUCAAUAGGCUAUCACUUAACCGGAUGACUUCUGAGGAGAGGGAGCUUCCCAGCGACGCAACGUAUGAAUAUGCCCCCCGUCACGGGUCCCAGGGCGCGAAGAACCCCCCAAUAUCGAUACAUAUGUUCCAGACAAUAUGGUAUGCAUGCAAGCCUAUGUGUAAGAAGCCUUCGUUCUUGCAUGAUUGUAUGGAGGCUCCCAAUGGGGUUAGAAAUAUUAAGCGUAUCCCGAAAAGAGGGCGAUCUUUCGAGAAUGACCAAACGCCAGAGAUCUGGGGCCUUGAGGCAGUGCUUGCGGUAUCGUUCGCGUAUGUUGCCUUUUAUCACAUACUUUUUGUUGCCGGUCCAACUGUAUUUUGGGUAUGGUGGCUAGCAAACCAUCCUAAUGAUUGGCAAAAUGCUGCAGUUCCUGCCACUACUGUUUUGGCUUGCCUAUCGCUCUUCUGGAGUGGUGCUGGAAUUUUAACUCAGAAAUCCAGUGUUUAA